CGCGUCGCGGCUGCGCGGUUGGGCGGCGCUCAGUGGCUUUGCAGGACGGAGGUGGAGCCACAUGAGGCGAUCGGCGAGGCGCAUCGUCGAGGUGAGCUGGGAGGACUUGCAACGUGCCGCCGGUCCGCCUUCUCCGCGGGUCUUCGAGGCGAAGGAGCGGCUCUUUGGGGCUGCGAUGCCCCAGCUGAAGUUCUGGCACGACGCAGCUGGGUGGUGCCCACAUUGCAUGGUGUCCUGGGUGGUCUUGGAGGAGCUGCGAGUACCUUAUGUGAUGGACGUGACGCCCCUGCGUGCCUACCUGAAGGAUGGGGAGAAGAAGAAGCAGCGCAUGGUGCCGGUGAUUCAACUCAUCGAUGAGAUCUUGCCGAAGAGGGAGGUCUUCGGCGGUCGGUCUCCGUGCCAUGAUCCACCAUUUGAUUCGAUUUCAGAUGCAAAGGAGCGCAGUAGUGCAAGCGAAUGGAUCUUCGAGGAUGCGUUGAAACAUGUCGGCCGUGGUGAGCAAGUCUGUGCGAUGCUCUCAGAACGCUUCCCCGCCGAGCUGCGGCGUGCUGGCUUGACCACUGCACCACCGCGAGCUGCGCAGAGCACUCAGUGGUCGCUCUUCGGGCAACUGCAAGCGGCGCACUCGGCGUACAAGCGGCUGCCGGGUGGGAGGCCUACCUGGGGAGUGGCUGGUGCAGAACCCCAACACCAGGAGCAACUCACAGCGGCCUUGGACGCUCUUGAGACAGCUCUAGCUGCAAGUGCCAGGCAGACAGCGAGUCCAUCCUACUUCUUGAACGGCUCCAAACCCAACAUGAUCGACCUCAUGCUGUUACCCAUGCUGGAGCGUGUCGAAGCUCUACUCUUGCAUCCCUUCCUCCAACCUUCCAGGCUUCACCUCAGCACCUGGCCCCGCAUCUGGGCCAUGCUGGCCGAAGGCCGCCGCCCCGGCGUGUGCUCCUUCGGCGAGCUGACCAGUGACGCCGAGACCCUGCUGGCCAUCUCGCUCCGGGAGGAUCCGGGACGCACGCCGUACACCGAGGGUGCAAGAGCUCCAGGGCCGCAGCUGGCAGCGGGUGCUGCUGAAAGGGCGGAGGCAAGGUCCUUGACCCUGCAACACUAUGCUGGACUGACUUGCCAGAGAAGGCGUCUUGAGACAGCGGCCUUGGGCUGGGGCACCCCAGAGCGGACGCAACAUCCUGGGAAGAACAUCCUGGCGUUCUCAACUUGCUCCCGCCGUAGCGAGCUGCGCCGGAGCGACGGUAGUGAGACGGCCUCCACCGGGGCGACGACCUUGGUCGCACGGCCGGCCGUUCUUCGCAUCGGCUUACCUAGGAGCCCUGGGCGCUUGGAUUGUGAGGUCUACGUCGCGGAUGGACGGCGCGUCACGGCGGAGGACUCUGAGGACCUCCUCGCAGCUCUGGCAGAUCCACUGCUGGGACGUCCCGAUGACCUCGGAUGCCCCGAUCCGUCGAAGAUCCGCUGCUCUGCUGCCUCGACGCCUGACACGGACCCCGCGAGCCCUAAGACGGGCACGGCGCCCCUGGGCAGUCCCGCUCGAGUCCGAGCACCGGACGGAGAUGGUGCCAUGAUGUCGGUGAGUGAAGCGAGCUUUACUUUGCUGAAUUUCCUGAUGAAUGUGGGUCAAUUCACCCUGCCCGUGCUCUUUGUUCGGCAUGGUUGGUCUGCAGUUGUGCUGAUUGUCAUAGGUUCCAUGCUUUGUGCCCAUACAGCGCUUCUGAUGGCAGACUCCUUGGUACAGCUCAUGCGCAGGGGUGUGCCAACACCAGACUAUGCUGAGUUAGCCGUGGCAGCUGUUGGGCAAAACUUUGCGCUGUUGGCACAUGCCUGUAGUAUGACAGAGCUUCUCACCUACAACUGUAUGAAUCUCAUAGCUCUGGGCAAGGGGGUGGUGUCGGUCUUUCCAAUGCUCAGCAUGGAGACUGCCAUGUGUCUUUGUAUAGCUAUUUCUAUUGGACUCAGUGCUGUGCCGGACCGACACUUUGCGUACAUUGCGUUAAUUGCAGCCUUGGCGAUUUUGGCAGCAGAAGGAACUUGCGUUUUGGGCGGCCUCGAAUUGCCGGAGUGGGAAGAGCCAGAGCUGCUCUUCAGCCACCCACUUCAGAUCCCAAGUUCAUUUGCGUUGAUCAUCUUCGCCGCUGGAACUCACCCCUUGAUCCCUUGUUUGAUGCACAACACUGGCACACGCGAAGACUUUCGCAGCUCGAUCCUGAUCGGUUGGGCAAUGUUCACGGCCAUCUCGCUGGCAUUGGGAGGAUUUUCGAUUCAGCCGCUGAUCACGGACAACACGGGCCGAGACUUAUCGCUCAAGACCGUGCCGGGAGCGCGGACGGUGCUGGAGACUGGGGAUGCUGUGCUGGGGCCCCUCAUCAAGGGUGCGAACCUGGUGCCCCCGAAGAGCCCGCCAGGGCGAGUUGAGGGCACCGAAGGUGAGUUGCGGCGUCGAAAAAGCGUCUCCGCGUCCACCCGGACGGUGAUGGCCACACGCCCGAGCUGCGUCCAGGCCAUGAGCAAGCGAAGCCUGGAAGAGGUGCGCAUGGCCUUGCAGGCAGGCGGUGGGAACCGGCGGGGCGGCAAGCCGCCAUGGGUUUACGCAGGAGCAUAUAAGAACAAUGACUUCCUGAACUCCACCGAGGUGAUGUUCUUCGGCUCCGCGCGGGCCAAGCCAAAGGACCAAUACGAGGCCGCCGUGAAGGAGGCAGAGGCCAAGGUGGCGGCCAGCCACGAUCCGGGCGACGCGAAGCUGCAGUCGGCGCUGACGCGGCUGAAGAAGCAGGAGUUCCUGGUCGGCAUGUUCGACGUGGUGCGAGAAACAUGCAGGUUGCUGACUCUUUGGACCCAGAACCGCGCCAAGCAGGGCCUGCCCGAGUACCACGUGGGCACAGGCGGAGGGCCUGGCAUGAUGGCGGCGGCCAACGAGGGAGCCGCGCAAGCGAAGGGGAAGUCUAUAGGCUUCGGGAUCUCAGUGCCCUUCGAGGACGGCUUGAACCCCUACGUCACUGAGAGCUUGGGUUUUGAGUUCCACUACUUCUUCACGCGGAAGUUUUGGAUGGCCUUCAAGUGCAUGGGCUUGGUGGUGGCGCCCGGUGGCUUCGGCACCUGCGACGAGCUGUUUGAGCUGCUCACCCUCAUGCAGACCGGCAAGAUCAAGCGGCAGUUGCCCGCGCGGGACUCAGCGGGCCGCCGCACACCGGAGAUCGUGCUCAUCGGCAAGAAGUUCUGGAAGGACUGCAUCCAAUGGGAUGCGCAUCGAGCCUCGGGCACGGACCGGACCGGACCGUUCGUCCAUUACGGCAUGAUCAGCGAUUGGGCCGGGACGCACGGACGGGGUGCGGUGCGAACCGGUGACUCCCAGCAGCUCCGCUUCGCGGACACCGCCGAGGACGAGCGCGGACGCUUCGGGCGGGUGGGCGGGGGUGUGGAUCGUCGUGGAGAGCUCGGCUCACGGAUCGUCGUGAGCCGGAAAAAGCUGGGCCAGCGGCGCCGCAGGGUGCCCUCGCUGGAGCUGUUGAGGAGAGAUGGGCUGCAGGCGGAUCUGCUCCUUUUGACGCAGAUCGCCGGUGGCCGCGCCGAUCGCCGGUGGCUGCGCAAGCUCCACGUGCUCGAAGAGGCCCGGCAACGAGAGGUUCUUCCCGAUGUGCAGCUGGUCAAUGUGGUCAUGGCGCAGGCCAUCUGGCACCUGGCCCUGCCCCUCUUACGCCACCUCGAGAUUGCGACCCCGCGCGCGCUCCGCCCGAGCGCGGUGUCGCUGGGCACGGCAGCGGCCCGCUGUGAUCGCGCCAGCAAGUGGAGGCAUUCCUUGCGGCUUUGGAGCCAUGCUGCUGAGACCACGCUGCCACGCAGCCAGACCACGGCCAACAGCGUCCUCAGCGCGCUGGCGCGAGGAGCUCACUGGACCCGCUCGCUGGUUCUCCUGACGUCGUCUUCCGCGGAUGCCAUGCGCACGGACCUCAUCACCAUGGGCUCUCUCCUCUCCAGUCGAAUUUGGCGUUUCAGUACCGCCUCGCUGGACUGGAUGGGGCUCCGAGGCCUUAGACCACAUUUGGGCAUUUACCAAGCCAUCCUCAGGGACAAGGUCAACAGAUGGCCCGACCGAUGGCAUGGUGCUCUCACAGUGCUUGCCACGGCCAGAAGCUCUGCACUGCAGCUGGACGAGGUCCUGGUCAGCACCGCGCUGCGCGCGUGGCGCCACGCGGUGGACGUGCCGCUGACGCUGCGGCGGCGGGGCCUCCGGUGCGAUGCGGUGGCCGUGGGCAGCGCGGUGCGGGGCUUUGCAGAAGCCAGGCGUUGGAGGUGUGCCUUGCACUGGGCAGAUCGCGCGGACCUGAAGGAUGUGACGGCUGUGGUGGGCAGUGGUGUCACCUGGACGCAGGCCCUCGCCAUCCGGACGAGAUCUGCUGAACGAGCAUGUGACGCCCUGUUGGACGAAAGGGUGGCCCGUGCCUGCGCCGCAGCUGACGCUUGGCACCACGCUUGGCGCCUGCGGAACGCUCUCCUGGCGCCCUGGACCUUGGCGCUCGUGGCGCUCGCCUCGUCGCGCGUGGAGCCGGUGGCGUUGCUCUGCGCCAGGUCUUGGCAGUGGCGGACCUCGCUGGCACUGGGUGGUGUGGCCGGGGCAACGCCAGGGCAGUGGCAACGGAUCGUGCAGGACUUGCCAUCUGCAGGUGCCCUAGCCUCGCUGGCCACGGCGCGUCGCUGGCGAGAGGCCUUUCAAGUCUUCAAGCGCCAAAGGAACUCGCCCAGCCGGACCGCAGGUCGUGCGAACUGGGAGCUGGAAGUCUUGGUCUGGAACGCCGGCAUCGUGGGGAACAAGUACUGGGAGAGCUCCCUGCUGAUUCUCAGAGACAUGGAGGUGGCACUGGUGCGAAAGGACCUCGCUACCUGAUCAGCUACAACUCACCUUCUCAGCGACCUGAUCAGCCCGAUUCGACCUGAUCGAGGCUUCGACGCCACGAGGCAACGAGGCCUUUCCCCCGA